AUGAAGCAGCGAAUUACCUAUAUCCAGCGCAGCGAUGCUGGCUUCGACCCAGAGCAAGCUGUAUUGACACCAAAAUCGCUCACGAUCCGGAACAUAGUCGCCGCCCGCGAAGACCGCCUGACCUUCGAGCUAAAUGCCCUCUCCAGCGAGCUUCGGCAUGUUCUUCAAAAAGCGAAAGAUGUCCAUGUUCGCUGGGCUACCGAGAAGUCGUUCGAUGCUGUCCCGCCCUUCUCCAGCAGGGUCUCGCCUGGGCUACAUGUGCUGCAUACCCCCCUAGAUGCGGGCCAAUCGUCAGAGACAUUUUGCUCUUGGCUGCGCGCGACGUUCGGACGAAAUGAGAAUGAUGAGGCCUUGGAUUGUCCACGGCACGAGAAGGCUUUUAUCGAAUCCCCCCACCGAGCUACUGAAUCCCAUGCGGCGACAUCUCUGCAAUACCAUACCCAGCUCCCUUCUCUGGAACCUUUUAUCUCGAAUAUUAAGCGUGCUAUUUGUGGCUCUCAUACAACUGAAAGCGUUGGAUGCGUCGCUGUUGUUGAUUCUCUGUCCACUGCCGACGUGGUCGACGUGGAUUAUGACGGCACCUCCAAUACCCUAGUUUUGUCCGGGUUCUGGGCCAAAGGACCCACAGGAGGAUGGUCGGAAGUGAUACACAAACCUAAUAAGAAAUCAGACAAGGUCGAGUUUGGCUUGUUAGGAACGGAACCAGGAAUCGGUGCGGACGAAGUAAAGGUCGGGGGGUUGCUGGCUGUUGUUGGAGAAGACAAGAAGCUGAAACCCGCUAUGUUCUCGUUUCCUUCGCGCCAUCAUGUACUUCCUCAAUCCGCCAGCUACGCCAUCUCAUUCACCGAGCCAACCGGCCUUCAUCCAACUAUGUCUAUAACCAUUCCACGUUCUUCAUUGGAUCGACCAUCCGCACCAGACGAUACAACCUGCUCUCUACAUACAUACCUGACACUUCCCUCAUCUAUCUUUGGUGACCAGUACCAACUUGGGACUACAGACUCGCUCUUCCUGCAGUCCCACAAUCUAGCAGGCUUACGUGCUCAUUCCGGCGAGACAGAUCUCGAGGCUCCAGACUGGGCUGUGAAGGGCUGGGGCUCAAACUGGCUCUUUGAAUUGGCCACCCCUAACGGUGAUGAUUUGACCUCUCAAUCCUCAAAUUGGACUUCCACCGUCCCUCUCCAUCUUCGGUAUCUCCAUCCCUCAGAAACUGGAUACCGCCCUGUGCAUGUGCCAUGGCCAGUCGUCUUUUGGGCUUGCAGCUCUGAGUACGAAAAAGAAAGCAUAGGCAUUAAUCCGUUCGACCGCACACAUCUUGUCUACGAUAGCUUGUUUAGCCCUCGGACUUUCUUUUAUCAGCUUCAUCCCCAAUCCGAGCAUCUCGUCGAGACGCUGGAUGCUCCCGUCCUUAACCUGGGUGAUGGUCAAGGCUUCUUCCAGACUCGCAAUAUUGAGCUGGGAACAAGCAUUGUCAUUUUGCUAGGUUUCUUUUGGGUCCUUUGGCAACUUGCGCGAGUGGCUUGGUCAUCAGGUCUCGGUGCAAAUAACUCUACCCAACGGGCUGAGGUACACGACAAGAAAGACUGA